GAGCGGCCCCUCCCCCUCGCGCUGCCCGGGGGCCGGGUUGCCUGCGCUCACUGCUCCGGCUGCUCCGCCAGCGCACACCCAGCACGAGGCGCCCGUGUCCCAGCAGCUCCGCUCAGGAUGGUCAUCCGCGUCUACAUCGCCUCCUCCUCCGGCUCCACGGCGAUCAAAAAACAGCAGCAAGAUGUGUUAGGCUUCUUGGAAGUCAACAAGAUUGAAUUUGAAGAAAAAGAUAUUGCAGCCAAUGAGGAGAACCGGAAAUGGAUGAGAGAGAAUGUCCCGGAAGAGAGCCGACCAGCGAGUGGAAACCCAUUGCCCCCUCGAAUCUUCAAUGAUAGCCGAUAUCUUGGGGAUUAUGAAGCUUUCUUCGAAGCUAGAGAGAAUAAUGCAGUGUAUGCUUUUUUAGGCUUGACUGCUCCUCCUGGUUCAAAGGAAGCUGAAGCAUUGGCGAAGCAGCAAGCAUGAAUUUCAACUGCCUUAAAUGUUCUGUAAACGGAACUUCCACAGCUUUUUAUAAAAUAGAAAAUUGUCUCUGCUUCAAGAAAAAUAGAUUUAAUUUCUAACAUUUUGAUUGGUGCUUGCAGCAUCCACGGUACAUGAAUAUAAAUUUGAACACGGUGAAUAUGGGAACAUUAGGGUAGAGAGCAUGGAAGACACUAUUGCAAAGUUGGAAGCAUAGGUAACUGAAUCAAUUAGAAAUGAUUGAUUUAAAGUGGUUUAAACUAUGUCUGGGCAAUUGAUCCAUUUUUGUAAACUUAAAGAAAACCUAUUUUAGUACUAAUUAUGCAGAUAAACUUACACCUAAAGAUCCAGCUAUUUAAACAUAGGAGAAAACGAGCAACAACAUAAAACCUUAUCAAAUAACUCUAGUGCCUGAAUUGCCUCAAAUAUUCUUGAACAAUACAAAAAUACAGUAACUUCUCAAUGUCUUUUUAAAUUGUGGCUUAAAAUGAAAUUCUAAAUGUUGUGUAGCGUAGUAACCAUUGUAAUCGCUUAUGGAAAUUAUGACAUUUGUUCUUUUGUAGAAUGAAGAUUUAAAAUUGUAUUGUAACACGUUGUACAGAUCUUAAAAAAAUUUUUGCCAUGUAUUUCUCAUUUAAGCGACCAAUGUGGGGGGCCUUUUCCACAAAAAAGAGAUUGAGCAGUGGAUAACAUUUCCAUUGGCAAGUUCACCACAUAGCUCUCUAACCAUGACUUGAUUACAUGUUUGUGUGCUAGAUUUAGUGCACUUCAAUGAAAUACAGUAUGGACUAAUUCCUAGGCAGUAUCACAAAUAAGCCAAAAUGGCCAGAAAUGGCAUUUCCUUACAUGUGUAAGAGCUAAAGCCUUUAAUGUAAUAUUCUACAAGGUCACAUUGUUUAUAGUUUUAGGCAUUUGGUCGCAUGUUCUAGAGGUUACUAGUUGCAUAUAAUAGUUUUUCAUAUGGGGAUCUAAAAGUAAAUGUUUGAGUUGUAACAAGUAUUGUAAUUGAGUGGAGGGGGGGGGGGGUUCUUUCAAGUUUUAAGUUGAUUUGUAUUGCCAUGGAAUUAGUGAAUCCUAUUAAAGAACAGCAUUCUGUAUCAGUGAAUUCACCAAGUGCAAUAUUAACCCAUUCCAUGCCUUAGGUAUACAUCAGUUAUUUGGCAAAGGGGAAUUCACGUAGCCUGCAUAUUAUGGCCAUCCACUGGAAAAUCAUGAAGACUGAUUUAAAAUCCUAAUCAUAGGUGCACCUGAUGUGGUAAGGAGUAGUUUUAAAAUUUACAUGUGUGAUUUUUAAAUAUCUUGCACAGUAUAAAUCACUCUUACUUCCUGAAUGCAUCGACACCAUAAAUCCUGUAGUUGUGGGGGCAUUCUACAAGCACAGCACAGCACACAAAUUUUAUUUUCAUCUGCUUUAUAACAUAGAAACAGGUGGUAUAGAUCAGUAAAAGACUUACAAAGGUUUUAUGCCGCUUGCAAACUGUAGCAUAUCAUGGCCAUUCAGUUACUUAUACUGAUGCAAUAAAAGUUAUGUAGUGCUUUAAAAUGCUUGCUGAGACAUUUAUAAUUCUAAGAUCCAAAAUUAGUGACAGGAUAGAAGUAAAGACUUAAUUAUACUCUACAACAGAAUAAUUAAAUAUUUUCCUCUUGCCAACAUAUUUCUUUUGGGCUCUGCAUUUCCCCAGCUGCAAGACGUGUCUUCAUCAACAACUAAAUAAGUAGCAGAGAAAUGUUUUUCCUUGCACAGUUGUGAGAGCAGUUUGGCUCCCACACAGUGAAUGGCAAAAUCCCCAUAGAUUUCAGCAUGAGCAGGACUGGGCCUGUAAUGGUGUUUGGAACCUAGCUAGUUACAUUAGCAUUUAGUCCAUGGUUUUUCUAAUUUUGAGCCUGGGAAUAGACAUUUUGUAGUUUCUGCUUACAGAUGCCUGACCCUUGUCCCUGUGUAUAUGAAAGUAGGACAGUUAAAUGUUGCCUAAUCUUCAGGAUGAACCCAUAGCAUAUUUUGUGCUUUCUCUCUAGAAGGCUUACUAUUAAUUGCUGGGGAGGGGAGGAGACUAUUAUUGGGUUUUUUAUUUUUGUUGUUUUAAAUCAAGUGUCUGCCUUUCAUGAUUCAGCAUGACUUAGUCUUUUUAUAUAAGAUCUCUGGUAUUAUUGGCAGUAUCUCUUCUAUCCCUAGACCUACUAGAUGCGUUUGAGGAAAUGAAUAAGAAUAUUGAAAGGAGUUUUGUGAAGAAAAUGGAAUUUGACACACAGGUUGCUAUACUCCUGCUGAUUCGCUGUGUUUCCUGUGUAAACAAAAUGUGGCAUUACUUUUUGUGAAUUGCAUCCAUUAUUUGAAGAAGCUAUAACUGAAAAUUAUUGCCAAAUUUUGUCAGCUCAGUGACACAAAACAUUCUGAAACAAGGUCAUCUCUAUUUCUGAUCUUUGAGAAAGUUGCCAAGUUUUAAGAAAGCAAUGUCCAUUCCCCCUUCCAGACCCUCUUCUUUGCCAGAUGGUAACACUCAAACUGCAUCUGCAUUCCUGAGGAAGCAGUAUGAAGACAGGGAUUGGCUUAUUUUUUCUGGUGUCUGGGGGACAAAGCAUGAACAUAAACUGAAAAAUAUCUAAGUGGUCUGUUCUUGUUUUGGCCUGUAUGUAGAACUCACAGUAGUAUUAAUGUAGAUUUCAUGCAUGUGUUUAGGAGUGACAGAGGUGAGAAUAUACCUGUGUGGUGUUCUCAACAUAUUGGUUCUGUGGUUCACAUUACUAUGUUUUUAGGUCAAACAUGGAUGUUGCUUCUUAAGAAGAACUUGUUCAUUUCUUCUUGCCCCUGUCUUUUUUUCUGUAUAGAAGGUAAGGUGAUGAGGCAUCAAACUCUCUUUCUUACUAAUUAUUGAUGUAUCAUUCCAAUAAAAUUGUUUUAGAAUGUUUUUUCAUUAUAUUAGUUUGAUUUUUGUUGGGUGUUUUUGGCUUGGUAUUUUCAGUGUUGGAAAGGAUCCUCUUUGUUUAGCUUGCAAAGCAAAUCUGAGUAUAUUCAACCAAAAGAGUUGCUUUAAAAUUUCAGUAUCUGUAGCAGCCACAAAAUUAAUGCAGUGAAUACAUUCCCCUUCCCUCCCCCCGAUUACUAUUAAUUCAUGUUAAUAGUUUCGUGCCCUGUUGCUGGAAUUAAGCUUAUUAGUCUCAUUGAUGUAUUCACACCACUUAAAUGAGCUGUGUUAGAAAAUGUGUGUCAAAUAUAGUUUUUACCCCACAUCUACACUCCCUCCUCAAACUGAUGUUGAAUCUAAUUGAUCUAGAUCCCUGGUUCUCAACCAGGGGCACGCGUACCCCUCGAGGUACGCAGAUUUUCAAGGGGGUACAUAAGCUCAUGUAGAUAUUUGCCAAGUUUUACAACAGGCUAUAUAAAAAGCACUAGCGAAGUCAGUACAAACUAAAAUUUCAUACAAUGACUUGUUUAUACUGCUCUGUAUAUUGAAAUAUAAGUACAAUAUUUACAUUCCAAUUGAUUUAUUAAUUAUAUGGUAAAAGUGAGUGUGUCAGCAAUGUUUCAGUAAUAGUGUGCUGUUACACUUUUGUCUUUUUAUGUCUGAUUUUGUAAGCAAGUAGUUUUUAAGUGAGGUGAAUCUUGGGACGUUAUGCAAGACAAAUGAGACUCCUGAAAGGGGUACAGUAGCCUGGAAAGGUUGAGCACCACUGAUCUAGAGUGUAUGGAUAAGUCAACCGGCUUCACCUUUUGUAGUAAAGCUUGUUAGACAACCUAGCCUGCUUUGCCACAGUGGAUAUUGAACUCGGUUGAACCUAUCUAUAAGGGUGGGACAUGUUCAUACUUGUUGCAGGAGGGACAGUGGGUCACAUGUUUGAUGUUACAUUAAACUAAAACAUAGUUCAUUUUUGUAAUAUGGCAAUUGCUGCAGUGAUACUAAGUAGGUGGGACAGAAAUCUAACAUUCACCUUUAUUUAGAGGUUCUGUAUUUAUAUCAGCUCUGUAAGAUAAUAAAAAAAUUAUUUGUCUUGGGGCCCAAUCCUCCUAUCUGUAUACAUGUGAAAGUCCUGUUGAGUUCAGUGGCAGUUUUGAGUUUGAAUCUGACAAGAUCAGGCUAUAUAGAUGCAGCUUCAGAAUGAAGUUCCCUGGUAAAAGAACCCUCCUUCAAGCAGAUCAGGAAACAACAUAUUAAGGGCCUGGUCCUGCAAUCCUUACUUAUGUGAGUAACCCUGAUUCAUAAAAGAGAGCUAAUAGGAGUCAGGAUUUCCAGGAUUGAGUCCUAACUCACUGCAGUUCUAAUAUCUGAUCUGGCUGGUUGAUUCAGUAGCCAAAUAAUAGCUCUCAGAGGGUCUAUGUGCUUUGCAUGUUCAGUUAUUAAACCAGCUAGCAAUCUUUCUACAUGAUGCUAUAGAAGCACUAAACUGAAUUCCCAACCAUAAAUUGUACUGUACAUUGUCACAAGAAUUCCAGACUCUAUUCACGUGUUUUCAGUUGAACUAUUAUUUGUAUGUGUGUGUUUAGGUUUUUAAAGAAUGUUUUUGAAUGAGGAAAGGGCAUAUUUACUACCUAUUUAUAGGAUGAACUUUUUUCUUGUUUCUAAAACAGAAUAAAGCAGAAUUGGGAGCAGUUAUCACAGUUACUGUCAUGUCUUUGAAUAGUGUCUUAGUUCUGUUGUAUCUUCCACUCUCACUUGCCAUUAUUUGGUAUUUUAAUAAGUGGUCCAUAAUGUCAUCUAGGAAAAGUGUCUUUUGUGGUCUCUCAUCACAAGGAAUCCCAUUUGCUUUUACCUUAUAUGUUUCACUUAUAUAACACAGAUUCAUUUCAUGUUUUGUUUACUGUUUUAAAAAUUUAGUCUUAAAAGCAAAGAAUAUUGUUACUCAGAAAUGCAAAGCUCUUCAAUAAAAAAUGAAUUCCAAAAAUCUGCAAUAAAAACUGCAUGUCUGCAUUUAAUGUUUACUUAACUUGCUGUUUCAGGUUACAGUGGUGUGCACUGUAAUAAUAAAUUUUUACUAUACACA